UUUGAAUUUGUGGCCGACUGAUAGAUGGUUCACAAACAUCAAUCUACGCCGAAUCAAUCUACAACACAGGAAGGGUUUGGAUUUUACUAAAAUAGCCCCAUUGUCCGGGACUGAAGAUCCUUGUCUCUUAAGUAAUCUCUCCCAUCACUCGGCAGCCGGGAGAGAGAGAGAGAGAGGGAGGGAGAGAGAGAUGGGAGUUGAUUACUACAAGACGCUCGGGGUGGACAGGAACGCCAAGGAAGACGACCUGAAGAAGGCGUAUAGGAAGCUGGCGAUGAAAUGGCAUCCUGACAAGAACCCCAACAACAAGAAGGAAGCAGAAGCCAAAUUCAAGCAAAUCUCUGAAGCUUACGACGUUUUGAGUGACCCACAGAAGCGGGCCAUCUACGACCAGUACGGUGAGGAAGGACUCAAAGGCCAGGUUCCCCCGCCCGGUGCUGCCUCUGGCUUCUCCACUUCUGGUGGUGGGGGCCCCACAAUGUUCAAGUUCAACCCAAGGAGCCCCGAUGAUAUUUUCUCUGAGUUCUUCGGCUUCUCCAGCCCGUUCGGCGACAUAGGUGGAUCCCGUGGUGCUGGCGGAUCAGUGCGCUUCCCUAGGAGCAUCUUUGGAGAGGACAUCUUCGCCUCUUUCACCAGCGGUGGUGGAGGGGGUGGUGAGGCAUCCACCAAUGUCCUCCGUAAGGGAGCCCCCAUCGAACGGACCCUCCCUUGCAGCCUGGAGGAUCUGUAUAAGGGUACCACCAAGAAGAUGAAGAUCUCUAGGGAUGUCAUUGAUGCCAAUGGGAGACCCACGACUGUGGAAGAAAUUCUGACAAUAGAGAUAAAACCAGGCUGGAAGAAGGGGACCAAGAUAACCUUCCCGGAGAAGGGCAAUGAGCAGCGUAAUUUGAUACCUUCAGAUCUGGUAUUCAUAAUUGACGAGAAGGCGCAUAGCAUUUUCAAGAGGGAUGGGAAUGAUCUGGUAAUCACUCACAAGGUAUCUCUUGUUGAAGCCCUCACAGGUUAUACAGCACAAUUGAUUACCUUGGAUGGUCGGAGCCUGACCAUCACCAUUAACAACAUCAUCAGCCCUAUCUAUGAAGAAGUUGUUAAGGGUGAAGGGAUGCCAAUCCCAAAGGAACCAUCAAAGAAAGGCAACUUGAGAAUAAAAUUCAACAUCAAAUUCCCCUCCAAGCUUACGUCAGAGCAGAAGACGGGCAUCAAGCGUUUGUUGACAUCUUGAAUUGUGGGCUCUCUCCUCCAUGUAUUUUUUUUUUUUUUUUUUUUUUUUUAAAAAAUUUUUAAAUUUUUAUAAUUAUGAUUCUACACUUGGAGUUUUUAAAGUUAUGAGCAAUGCUUUUGCAUCUCAUUUUGUCGGAGUGGAGUCCCAAUUGUUUAGGGUGUCUUCAAGUUGUCUCUUUUCCAGAGUCCAUGCUUUUGUAUCUCAUUUGGUUGGAGAGAGAUUAUGAUGAUUUUGGGUUAAAGACACUCUUUAACCAUCA